GGGCUACGAACCGGCCGCGGCGCUCGGCGGAGCCGCGUUAAAAGGCGGCAGCGGCGGCGGCGGCGGCGGAGGAGGAGGAGGGGGGAGCGGGACCGGGCUCGGAGCGGUUCUCAGCGCUGAUGCGGAGCUCGGGGACGUGCAGAGCGAGCAGCCCCGAGCGACGGACCCGGCUCUGCCCCGGCAUCGCGGCGAGCCCGCGGCUGCUGCCGCCCGCCCGGGACGAGGCGCUGGACAUGGACACAGAGGAUGACCCCUUGUUACAGGAUGCCUGGCUGGAUGAGGAAGACGAAGAGGUAGCCUUCAGCUCCCAGAAGAGGUGUGAGAGCGCUCUAUUGUGUGGGAAAAGCCCAUGCAGAGUCAGGCCCCUGCGUGUCACGCUGCCUGUGUCUGGCUUCUGGAAUAUUGUUGGCUGGGUAUUUACCAACCCGUACUGUGCUGGCUUCAUCCUUUUCCUGGGCUGUGCCAUCCCUGCUGUGCUUGCUGUUGUCAUGUUCCUCCACUAUCCAGCCCUGGAUAUUGACAUCUCCUAUAAUGCUUUUGAGAUCCGGAACCACGAGUCCUCUCAGCGCUUUGAUGCACUUGCCUUGGCCCUCAAAUCCCAGUUUGGUUCAUGGGGGAGGAACCGACGGGACCUGGCUGACUUCACCUCUGAAACCCUGCAGAGGCUCAUCUUUGAGCAGCUCCAGCAGCUUCACCUCAAUGCUUCCCAUCUCAGGGUCAGCGCGCGGGUCAAGCGCAGCACCACGGAGGGCAGGACGAGCUCCCCCAAGCCCCAUGCCCACCUGAAUCUGGGAAACCAAACUUCCCGAGUUGGGAGGGGUGCCCCACGCUGGGACUACUCCAGCACUUACAUCAGUGCCAACACACAGACACAUGCCCACUGGCGAAUUGAGCUCAUUUUUCUGGCUCGGGGAGACUCUGAGAACAACAUCUUCACCACUGAGCGCCUGGUUACCAUCCAUGAGGUCGAGCGCAAAAUCAUGGACCAUCCUCGCUUCCGGGAGUUCUGCUGGAAGCCCCAUGAGGUCUUGAAGGACCUGCCUUUGGGCUCCUAUUCCUACUGCUCUCCUCCCAGUUCCCUCAUGACCUAUUUCUUCCCCACUGAGAGAGGAGGGAAGAUUUAUUAUGAUGGCAUGGGACAAGACCUCGCAGACAUCCAAGGAUCCCUGGAGCUGGCCAUGACCCACCCCGAAUUCUACUGGUAUGUGGAUGAAGGCUUGUCUGCAGAGAACAUGAAAAGCUCCCUGCUACGGAGCGAAAUCCUCUUUGGGGCACCACUGCCGAACUACUACUCGGUGGAGGACCGCUGGGAGGAGCAGCGCCGCAAGUUCCAGAACUUUGUCAUCACCUACGUGGCCAUGUUGGCCAAGCAAUCCACAAGCAAAGUCCAGGUGCUGUAUGGAGGGACGGAUUUGUUUGACUAUGAAGUGAGGAGGACCUUCAACAAUGACAUGUUGCUGGCCUUCAUCAGCAGUAGCUGCAUAGCUGUCUUGGUCUACAUCCUUACCUCGUGCUCAGUGUUCCUGUCGUUCUUUGGCAUCGCUAGUAUUGGGCUAAGCUGCCUGGUGGCUCUGUUCCUGUACCACGUUGUAUUUGGGAUCCAGUACCUGGGUAUACUCAAUGGUGUGGCUGCCUUUGUCAUUGUGGGGAUUGGGGUUGAUGAUGUCUUUGUUUUCAUCAACACCUACCGCCAAGCCACUCACCUCAAGGACCUGCGGCUGCGCAUGAUCCAUACGAUCCAGACAGCAGGGAAGGCCACCUUCUUCACUUCCCUAACCACGGCUGCAGCUUAUGCUGCCAACAUUUUCUCUCAGAUCCCAGCCGUGCAUGACUUUGGACUCUUCAUGUCGCUGAUUGUAUCCUGCUGCUGGGUAGCUGUGCUCUUCACCAUGCCAGCUGCUCUUGGAAUAUGGACACUUUAUGUGUCCCCACUGGAGAGCUCCUGCCAAACCAGCUGUAGUCAGAAGUGCACCAAGAAGAGUGCCUUGCACCUGGCUGAAGAUCUCUUCGUUGCCUCGGAGGCCACCUCCAGAGCAGGCAGAGAAACGCUUCCCUAUCUCGAUGAUGACAUCCCACUGCUCAGUGUGGAGGAGGAACCUGUCUCCCUGGAGAUGGGGGAUGUCCCCUUGGUAUCCGUGAUGCCAGAAAAUCUGCAACUCCCCACAGAGAAGAGCAACCGAGGUCACUUGAUAACUCAUCUGCAGGAGCUGCUGGAGCAUUGGGUGCUGUGGUCUGCAGUGAAGAGCAGAUGGGUGAUUGUGGGGCUUUUCCUCCUCGUUUUGCUCCUGUCCAUAUUCUAUGCUAGCCGCCUCCAUCCAGCAAGCCGUGCUCCAGUCUUGUUCCGACCAGACACUAACAUCCAGGUGCUGCUGGACCUGAAAUACAACCUGAGUGCUGAAGGCAUCUCCUGCAUUACCUGCUCAGGUUUGUUUCAGGAAAAGCCCCACAAUUUGCAGAGCAACAUCCGAACCUCCUUGGAAAAAAAGAAGAGGGGCUCAGGGUCACCUUGGGGAAGCAAAGGGAGCAUAAGUGAGCCUGGGCAGCAAGAUCUCCAGGGGACUGUAUAUAUCUCCAAGUCCAGAAGCAAGGGAAGACCAGCCAUCUACAGAUUCUCGCUCAAUGCCAGUGUCCCUGCCCCCUGGCAGAUGGUGUCACCGGGAGACGGGGAGGUGCCUUCAUUCCAGGUGUAUAGAGUGCCUUUCGGUAACUUCACCAGGAAGCUGACAGCUUGUGUGUCCACAGUAGGGCUGCUUAAGCAGACGAGCCCCAGGAAGUGGAUGAUGACCACCUUGUCCUGUGACACCAAGAGAGGCUGGAAGUUCGACUUCAGUUUCUACGUGGCCUCCAAGGAGCAGCAGCGAACACGGAAACUGUAUUUUGCCCAGUCGCACAAGCCCCCUUACCAUGGCCGAGUGUGUGUAGCACCUCCUGGCUGUCUUCUCAGCUCCAGCCCAGACGGACCCACCAAAGGCAUCCUUUAUGUUCCCAGUGAGAAAGCAACACCCAAAGCAAAGCUGUCAGCCACUUCUGGAUUUAAUCCUUGCAUGAACACGGGCUGCGGGAAGCCAGCGGUGCGGCCGCUGGUAGACACAGGAGCCAUGGUGUUUGUGGUGUUUGGGAUCAGAGGUAUUAAUCGCACGAGGCGCCCGGACAACCACGUCAUCGGAGACAUGGGCAGCGUUAUCUAUGAUGACAGCUUCGACCUCUUCAAAGAGAUUGGCAACCUGUGCCGCCUCUGCAAAGCCAUCGCCAGCAACACUGAGCUGGUGAAGCCAGGAGGAGCUCAGUGCCUGCCUUCUGGAUACAGCAUCUCCUCCUUUCUACAGAUGUUGCACCCUGAGUGCAAGAACAUUCCUGAACCAAACCUGCUGCCCGGACAACUCUCUCAUGGGGCAGUGGGGGUGAAGGAUGGGAAGGUGCAGUGGAUCUCCAUGGCAUUUGAAUCGACAACCUACAAAGGGAAAUCUUCCUUCCAAACUUACGCUGACUACCUGAAAUGGGAAACAUUCCUGCAGCAGCAGCUCCAGCUCUUCCCAGAGGGCUCAGCUCUCCGGCAUGGUUUCCAGACCUGUGAGCACUGGAAGCAGAUCUUCAUGGAGAUUAUAGGAGUGCAGAGUGCCCUGUACGGUCUCGUCCUCUCGCUGGUUAUUUGUGUGGCUGCUGUGGCGGUGUUCACCACUCACAUCCUCCUCCUGCUGCCAGUGCUGCUCAGCAUUUUAGGAGUGGUCUGCUUGGUGGUGACCAUCAUGUACUGGUCUGGCUGGGAAAUGGGAGCUGUGGAAGCCAUUUCUCUCUCCAUCCUCGUUGGCUCCUCUGUCGAUUACUGCGUGCAUUUGGUGGAGGGCUACCUGCUGGCAGGGGAAAACUUGCCGCUACACCAGGCGGAGGACCCCACCGCGUGCCGCCAGUGGAGAACGAUUGAAGCAGUCCGUCACGUGGGUGUUGCAAUUGUCUCGAGCGCCGUCACCACAGUGAUCGCCACCGUCCCGCUGUUCUUCUGCAUCAUUGCCCCUUUCGCCAAGUUUGGGAAGAUCGUGGCCCUCAACACGGGAGUCUCCAUCCUGUACACGUUAACUGUGAGCACAGCCCUGCUGAGCAUCAUGGGCCCUGGCACCUUCAUCCGCAGCAGGACUUCUUGCCUCAAGGCUGCGCUGGGGGUGCUUCUCGCUGGCCUGCUGGGUCUCUGCAUCUGCCUCGCCCUGCUGAAGAGCGGAUUUAAGAUCCCUCUGCCUAACGGGACAGCCCUGUAAACCCUAUGCCAAGAGCCACACGCUCUGUCCUCUUGCUCCCUUUCUUUUUUCUUUUUUUUUUUAAAGGAUAUUUUUUGUAAGAAAAAAAAAGAGGAAAAAAAUCCCCUUUUUCCAGAAGUUUUUCAACUCCAGAUGCACUUUAUUUUCUAAUGGGUUUUGCUCUAAACUUGUAUUUAUUUCAGUAGUGAUGGAUGGAUGACGGACAGUGAGGGCUGCCCAGGGAAUACCUCAGCCCGAACCAUGACCCCUGGAGACUUUGUGUUCUCUGCCUGGAUUGACCCUCUUUGUAAGAAGGAAAUUCCAGGAAGCUCAUCCCGUGUUCUGGGGCCUGCUGAGACACUGCUUGGCUCAGUGUAUCCCUGCUCGGAUCCCUGGCAGUCUUACACCUCCACAUCCUGUCAUCUCUGUGAAACUGGAUCAAGUUUGUUCCUAGAGUAGGUUCCUCAAGGUGAAAAGAGAGGAGCGCCAGGACAGGACUCUUGUUGAUGCCGGGGGAAAUCAGGGCAAUCCUGCUGCAGGCAGUGAGGGAGGUCGGUGCAUGAGCAGAACAGAGCCCAGCAGGGAAGAUGACCAGCCUGACUGAACAAAGAGCUGUGGCUGGAACUCAGGAAAAGACUUUGUGACCUUUGGAAGAAGGGGCAGGCCACUCCGGAGCACUACAAAGGUGUCGUGAGGUUAUAUAGGGAGAAAGUUGGCCAAAGCCCAACUCUCGCAGGGAGAGCGAGGUAGCCCUAGUGCUGCUGCCAAGGAUGCUCUGGCUGGUGGCUUGACCUGAAUUUAGCUAAUUCUUCAAACUCCCUGGGGCGAUUAAAGCUGAUGGAUAUUUCCAGGUCACCAGACAAGAGAAGAAGGUGCUGAGUGCACCCUUAGAGGAAGUUCCUCCCUCUAUAAGCAUGAAGAAAUCUUGAAAGGUCUUUAAGACAAGUCAUAGAUGUGCUUUGAACCCCAUAAAGUUUAAAGCUCAUUUAAGCCCCUGGUGUCCUACGUUUGUACUCACUAUAAAGAGGCUGUGUAAGCCUCCCACCUCCAGAGUGAUUCUGGACACAUCACGCUGGGACCAUGAAUGAUGUUUCAUUCAGCCGUUCUUGGAAGGCAAAGAUUAAUUUCAAAGUAGUGGAAAACCUUUUAUGUUUCUUGGGUCUGAUCUAGCACUGUCUGAUCUACAGACAAAAAUAACAGAGUUUUGACACCUGACAGGAUCUGUCCUGUUUUCUGGAGCAGGUAUGGAAAAGGACAAGCUAUAAUUUUCCCUCCUCCUCUCUGGCCAGCCCGGGCUCACUCAGCACUCAAGGGCUGGCCGGCAUUAGCAGGAGCAGGGCAUCACCUUGCCCUCGUUUGCCCGAGGUGGUGCUGGGAGAGGAAUAGCUGGAGUGAUUCAGAAAGGAAAAUGAGAGACCGAGAGAAGGGCAGAGCUGCAGCAGAUGUGUUGUGAAUACGAAGGCAUAUUGAGGCGGUUGUGCCCCUCCAGCAAGGAAACUGAGGCAAGGAGAGGAGGAGGAACUUACUCUGGGUUGUAGCUGAAUGGCAGAAGAGCCAGGGGAUGCUCCUAUGUGAUGCUUUUCACUGCGAGGACCCACUGGAUGUUGGUAAGCGGAAAACUUGAUUAAACAUAGUCAUGACGUUUGUCUUAAGAUCUAAGCAGACAUUGGCCCCAACACCAUUUUGCUCUGCGCAGCCCUGUGAUCAGGGUGGUCAGUGUUAUCUCCAUGUGCUGUGGAGUAAAAGAGGCUUGGAGGUGGGGCCCAACCUUCCCCAGAAUGCUUACAGCACCCUCAUCUCCCCAAGUCUCUGUGAAGACCAUAAAUCAGUAGCAGGUGUGCACAUCCAUCUCCGUGUAGGCAGCGUCCUCCUUGGGGUUAGAAAAUACUCAUAAAAUUAUAGAGGUAAGAAAACGAAUGGGUUUAUUUGAGCAAAUGCGAAGGUGGGGCUGACAGCCCUGCUGGGAAUCAGUGCUCUGAGGCAGAUGCUCAUAGCAAUAAAAAGCGAGGCCUCACCUGUCUGGAGCAGUUCUGGGAGCAGAUGCUCACCCUAAAUUAAUUCCUCCCACAGCUCUGCCUACCUUCUUUCUCUGAUGACUCCUUUGUUUCCCAGACCAUCUCUUGGGCUCUGUCAUCUUGCUGAGCAAGGUUCAGCCUUCUCCGUGGUAGCUGCUCUGCCUAAGGUGCUCACAAACUCUGGACUAAAAGGGGCUGGAGGUUGUCUCAGGGAGGAUUUCUCAGGCAGAGGAAGGUGAGGAGUUAAAAUGCUUCAUACGAAGCUGUCAGUUUUGAUGUUUUAAACAGAAUGCAGCAGAGCAGCCUUACUUGGAAGAAGAUGCUCCCAUUUUCCAUUUCAAAACAAUCUUGCUGCAAUUAAAAGAAACGGAUGGAAUAGUGCUGUUAACUGCCCACUCCUUUAUUUCCAGGAAAUCCUCUUCUGAGGGUUACAUUCUGAAAAGUUAAUGCUGGUGUUUCAGGAUGGGGGUCUGUGCGGUCUCCUACAAACCAGAGUAGGUCAUGUCCUGACCAGAAGCUCUCUCCGUGCCAGCCUGGAGCAGUUGCAGAAGGGCACUGCUCUGCAGUCUUGGGGGACCGUGUCCCUCACACGGAGCUGGGGGUGCUGCUCUUUGCCUUCAGCGGAGCUGCCGAGGGAGUUUGAGGCUUGGGGCACUCGGGGCCAGAGCGUCUGCUCACAACAGCCCUAGCAAAACCAGCUUUGGAGCGAGGAGGAACAGAGCUGACGUGAUUUACAAAGGUCAGCAUCAGAGGAAGGAAUAGACCCAGGUCUCCUCGCUCUGUUUCUUAUCUUGUGGUGCCUCUUGGGGUGCUGGGGGUCACGCAGGGUCUGUACAGGUUUGGUACCAACCUCGGCGGUUUCAGAGGCUGCAGGUGCUGAUGGGGGAUCAGUGGCUGAACUGGGUUUCUCAAUCCCUGCUGGAUCUGAAACUAUCCAUAAGAUAGAAUGGAGAAUCUCCCCAAGGAGACACAUGGCACGCUUCCAGAGUUACUGGGGCCAUUACUACACUAAUCGGGAUGCAAUGGUCUCCAGAGACCAUUGGCUUUGUCUCUGCUGGAGCAAACUGGGAGGUCGCUUUAUGUCAUGGCAUCUAAUUCUUUUAGCUUGUCCUGCACUGAAUAUUCUUACCAGAGCAGCUUGCCCUCCUGGAAGGUUAAAAAAGGCUUUUUGUUUAACCCUGUGACAUCUAUAAAUCCUCCCACACCCUCCACCGAGGAAGCUGUGCUGACUGAUUUGCAGCCAGGCAGGACAACCUCGCAGUCUCUUGGUUAUUUCUUCCGAAAUCACUCCUCACCCCAGAAAGCCUGCAAGCCGUAGGUUAUGCUUUUUCCAAGCCCUUGGCUGCCUCCUCUGCAUGGCUUAGAACUCAAGGUCCCAGAGCUGAAAGUCUUUCCAGGCUGGUUUCCAUCCUGAGGAUGUAGUUUGGCUUCCUUCCCUCCGCCCGCGUCCUUGGGGCAGUCGCUGGCGGAGAUGGGAGAGUGAUGGCCAAGCCCAGAGCAACAAGCAGAGGAGCUGGAAGGUUUGCAGGAGGACACAGAAGAGAACAAAAGGGCAGGGAGGAAGGUUCAAAAGCCAAGGGGAGAAGAGCCGCGAGCGCGCCAAGGAGGGAGGGCACUGCUCUUUUACCGCGUCAUGUGCAGACCUUAGAGUGUCGGUUCUCAGAGUGAUGUAGCACAAUCCCUGAUGUAACGUCCGCGUGUUACUUUUGUAAGUCGUCUCCUACCCUCACUAUUUUCAGUGUUUCUUGAUUUUUGGAGACUGUUGUAAAUAAAAAAAUUUUGACAUUCGCACCUUUGGACCCU